UGCAUACAUAGCAACAGUGUUAGCAAUCUUCACUUUGAAGUUUGAACUUAAGUUAGUUGUGCCAAGAAUAUUCACCAAGAGAUUUGAUCCGUACAUAUGGCUCCCAGCAGAGAGGCGUGUGCGGUCGCCAUGGCCAUGGCGGCGCCGUUCAUUGCGAUGGCGAGCAAUAACAUCGGCAGCGCCAGCGCCAACAACGCCACAGGCGGCGGCAACGGUGACAUCAAGCGGCGCCGGACCUCGUCCGACGCCCUGCAGCGCACCGUCUCCGACGUCUCCUACGAGCUCCACCACCACCACCACCACCACCAGCACGGCGCCGGCGGCGUCAACAAGCAGGAGAAGACGAAGGCGGCGGAUCAGGCCGAGCAGCAGCUGCUGCUGCACCCCGUGCCUGAGGUGCAGGACGCCAAGUGCGAGUGCUGCGGCAUGUCGGAGGAGUGCACGCCCGAGUACAUCCGCGGCGUGCGCGGCAGGUUCGCGGGCCGCUGGGUCUGCGGCCUGUGCGCCGAGGCCGUGACGGAGGAGGCCGAGAAGAUGAACGGCGGCGGCGGCGGGACGCUGGAGGAGGCGCUCAGGGCGCACAUGGGCGUGUGCAAGCGCUUCAACGGCUUCGGCCGGACGCACCCGGUGCUGUUCCAGGCCGAGGCCAUGCGGGAGAUCCUCAGGCGCCGGGCCAAGCUCGGCCCCAGGUCCAGGUCCAGCAUCAACCCUAGGGAGGUCAGGGAAGUCGCCGUCGGCGCCAAGGCCGGCAGCGGCGGCGGCGGCACUACUGGGAUCGCUCGCAGCUCCAGCUGCAUGCCCUUCAUCACCGACGACUUCAACGAACGGGCAACGUCGUCGUCCAUCAACAAAAACUGAUUCGAUCAGUUGUUGGUUGACGAUGAUGAGUUUUUAGCAUGAUGGCAAGCUUGCACUUCUUUGACCUUCAAUUCUUUUUGUAGGCUAGAGGGUGCAUUAGUUUGCUGCUUGGUGCUUCGUUAUUAAGUAGCUUUCAAUUUAUUAGCGGCCGGACUAGAGAGUGCAUGCUUUUGUUUACAUGCCAUUGUGGCUGUUUUUUGCUCACUUCUAGCUUUGAGCGAGCUAGAACCUUGGGCAGCGUUAGUAGUAGUCUAGUCAUGCUUAGUCUGGUUUGUUCAUGCAACCUCUGUUGCAUGGAGACCGAUCAAAUUGAAGUUGUUUCAGGGUGCAGGUUUUUCCAGCUGAUAGGUCAUCAGUGGAAUAUGCAUAUAUGGUCACCCUUUGGUAGCGUUGAGGUCGUGGCUGAUGGGGUAGCAGUUGUUUUUUUAUGGGGCUUUGCUUGGGACUCUUGUGCCUUUUUGCCUCACAAGCGGCGCUGACAUCAGCUCUAUCUAUAUGCUUAAAAUUGUAAUUCUAUGCCUGCCCCAAUUUUAUUGGGCAUAUAGUAUGUAAUAUGAAGGAUUUGUACCCCGGACUUUCUAAAUAAAUAAAUAUAAUAUAGUGAUAUGUGGAU